ACAUUUUUGAGUUUGUAACUAAUUAAAUCCAAAUCCAAUGCGACUGUUGAUUGAAAGAAGGAGACGGCAACAAUGUAAUAAUGUAUGGAUGUAACUAAUUUAAUCCUCUCCGCCUCACAAAUUCUAUAAAACCAUCAUUUCUUUUUCAAUUUUCACUCUCCGUAACGAUUUUUCUUUGGUCGUCGCUCUCGCCGCCGCCGCGGGGAUCUCCCCUGAGGUUGCUGUGAUUUGCCAUUCUCUGUAACCAGGAAACAAUGGUGGAUCACUGCGCCUUCGGCUGGAUCUUGUCCGCCCUCUUCGCCUUCGUCAUUGCCCUCUCUUUCUUCCUCGCUCCCAGAAGGAAUCGCCGAGUAGAAGGAACCCAUUCCACGCCGAGGAGCGACUGUCUCAGAAGCUCUUCAACCACCAACGGAGAAUGUAGAUCCAUCGACGGAGACGCCGACGUCAUCAUCGUCGGAGCUGGUGUUGCCGGUUCCGCCCUUGCUCACACUCUCGGCAAGGAUGGUCGUCGAGUUCACGUGAUUGAAAGAGACUUGACAGAGCCUGAUAGAAUCGUUGGUGAAUUAUUGCAGCCUGGGGGAUACCUCAAAUUGAUUGAGUUAGGAUUGCAAGAUUGCGUUGAAGAAAUUGAUGCACAGAAGGUGUAUGGCUAUGCCCUUUUUAAGGAUGGAAAGAACACUCGACUUUCUUACCCACUGGAAAAUUUUCACUCCGAUGUAUCUGGAAGAAGCUUCCACAAUGGACGCUUCAUACAGAGAAUGAGGGAGAAGGCUGCUUCACUUCCCAAUGUGAGAUUGGAGCAAGGGACAGUUACUUCGUUGCUUGAAGAAAAGGGAACGAUCAAAGGCGUGCAGUAUAAGUCCAAAAAUGGUGAAGUAAAAACGGCAUAUGCUCCUCUAACCAUUGUUUGUGAUGGUUGCUUCUCAAAUUUGCGCCGCUCUCUUUGCAACCCAAUGGUUGAUGUUCCAUCUUGUUUUGUGGGAUUGGUUCUGGAGAAUUGCCAACUUCCUUUUGCAAAUCAUGGGCAUGUUGUUCUCGGAGAUCCUUCUCCAAUUUUGUUUUAUCCCAUCAGCAGCACCGAGAUCCGUUGUCUGGUUGAUGUUCCUGGCCAGAAGGUUCCUUCUAUAUCAAAUGGUGAAAUGGAAAAGUAUUUGAAGACCGUAGUAGCUCCUCAGGUUCCUCGGGAAAUACAUGAUGCAUUUGUAGCUGCUAUUGAGAAGGGUAAUAUAAGGACAAUGCCAAAUAGAAGCAUGCCUGCCGCUCCCCAGCCGACACCCGGUGCCUUACUAAUGGGUGAUGCAUUCAACAUGCGCCACCCUCUCACCGGUGGAGGAAUGACAGUAGCUUUGUCUGAUAUUGUUGUGCUCAGGAACCUCCUGAAGCCACUGAAAGACUUGAAUGAUGCACCAACUCUCUGCAAGUAUCUAGAAUCCUUUUACACUCUGAGAAAGCCAGUGGCUUCUACAAUCAACACAUUGGCAGGGGCAUUAUACAAGGUCUUUUGUGCAUCACCAGAUCAAGCAAGGAAGGAAAUGAGACAAGCUUGCUUUGAUUAUUUGAGCCUUGGAGGAAUAUUCUCAAAUGGACCUGUCUCCUUGCUUUCGGGAUUGAAUCCUCGCCCAUUGAGUCUUGUUCUCCAUUUCUUUGCGGUGGCAAUAUAUGGAGUUGGUCGCUUACUGCUUCCAUUUCCUUCUCCGAAAGGCAUCUGGAUUGGAGCAAGAUUGAUCUAUAGCGCAUCAGGAAUCAUAUUUCCAAUAAUAAAGGCGGAAGGAGUUAGGCAGAUGUUCUUCCCAGCAACUGUUCCUGCUUAUUACAGGAGCCCACCAGUUUUUAAACCCAUGCCAUGAAAGUGAUGAAAUACAUGAAGGAUCAAAUUUUGGGCAUUGUUUGUAUCAUAUCUGAGGAGGAAAAAGAGGCCUUAAAAGGAAGAUAAGUCAAAUUUUUUGUUGUUAGAUUUUGGUUUCAAUUGUUGAUCAAUAAAGCUGUGUACUUUUGAUCUGGAGCCAGGAGUGUAAAUAUUCUUAAUUCAUUUCAAGAACCCCCAAUCACUUAUGUAUUGUCAAACUGCCUUGGGAACAAUGUAAUAGAGUAAAGAGACUUCUUUUUGUUUAAUUGGUAGUAUUCUAAAUGCA